AUGAGAUUCGGGUGCUUAUGGGCACUCUCAUUUGGUGUCCUAUUCUCAGUUUUUCUGACGUCGUCUGCCUAUGAACUUUCCAUAAAUCAUGAUGAAGUGACGGAUUCUGACCGAAGAGUUCUUUUGGAAAUAGCCAGAGCAGUGAAGAGAGUUAAGAGGAACCCAUUCGAAACUGAGAGAAGUUCCGAUUUGAGGGAAAAGGAAUCAGACAGCGGGGAUUUGAUUUCUGGAGAUGAUGAGAGAGAAGGAGGCGGAAAUCGCGGAGACAAAAUUGAGCACUUUGACGGUGGCAAAGAUGAUUACUGUGAUCGAUUCGAGCAGCAUUUCCAAUAUUUCUGUGUUGGAGAGACUGACAAAACGGACAAAAAUGCAUAUGUCAUCAAAAAAUUCUGUCCAAGUUACAAGACGGCUUGCAGACAUAAAGCCGUUACCUCAUCAGUAUCUCUGACUUCCUGGCCCACGGAUCCAUUUGAGAAAGAAAUCACAGUGACGAGUAGACCUGUGUCAGUUGGAAGAGCAAGACCAACUCCAAGAAGACGUUACAGUGAUGAAGAUUCCGAUUCUGCAGAAGACGAGGAGAUUUAUUAUGCAGAACUGAGAAAAAGAUACCCAUGCAAACCGGACUGCGAUAAGAGAAUUUUCGCGCAUUGUACAGAGGAAUGUAAGUGUGAUUAUAUCUAUCCAGUGGUUCAACGAUUCUGUAAUCCACCACCAAUGCCACUCUUCUUGAAUACUUGCAGAUUAUGGUAUCAUGGAUGUCCGAAGUACGAGCGAUACCAUUAUUCCUCUCAAUUUGUCUACUCCAAGGCUGAAAAAGGAAAAGUGUUGCCCGGAACUCCUGAACAGAGUGCUGUCAAUCCUUAUGGCCUCCCUCAACCAGCUCCACUCCGAAGAAAUAGAGCACUCGCGCUGGCUCCGAUUCGUCGUCAAAAGAGAGACACCGAGGAAGAUUCGGAAAAUAAUGAAGAUUUGGUGGUUCCACCUCCAGUCCCAGAAUCCGCUAAUGUUCGAGUAGCAAAAUCGUCUUCUCCAGAGGAGAAAGAUAGAGAGGAAGUCUCGCUCACUGCUCCACAGUCGAGAGCAAUUCUUCAAAAUUAUCAAGAAUCGAUGAAGAGUAAAGAGAAGAAGAGGAGGUCGAGAAGGAAGAAGCUUCGCAGAAGACGUCGUCAUCGUCAACGAUACAAUUCGGAUAAGGAUUUUGAGAUAAGAUCCACUACGGCAAGACCGCCCACGCCCAGAGAGUUGUGGAGGGUUUUGAAACAACUAAACGGUUUGACCUCUGGACCUGGAGCUCUUGGAAUAAAAAGUUCCCCAGCUACUCUGAAAGGUGGCAAUGAUCCAUCCGCCCGAGGAGGACUAGACGGCCUUCUGGCUUCAGUAACUCAGCCACAAAGAGAAAGAGAUGAAACUGCAAGACAAUGGGCUGCAGUUGCAACGGAUCCAAAGACACUGACUGAAAACAUAGUUCAUGCAGUGGCUACUGAAAAAGUAGAGGAGAAAACAGUGAAUAAAGAGGAAGAUCAAGAAGAACCAGAUUUCAACAGUACGUUCGGAUUUUUUAGUUUAGAUUCAGAGAGAAAGAUUUCAGAAAUCAAGCCAAGAACAUUUUCAUCAUCAGCAGCGACUACGGCAAUAGUAGAUGAGAAUCCAGGGAAAGCAGUUCCACAAAAGAAGGCAUCGAGUGGUAGAGCCAAGCGAGUUUUAUUGGAAAACAACAUACCAGCUCAUCAAGGAAACAUCCCAAUCCUUCCAUCCGACGCAGCAUUCGCCGCACGAGGAGGCGGCGAUGACACCUUCCGUGCGUUCGAUGGACUUUCCGACAGUCGUGGUCUCGUUCACACCCCUCGGAGUAGAUCUCCCUUCACAAAACCUGGUCUCUGGGAACCGAAUCCUGCCGAUCCUCACUCGAGAGAUCCAGCCAAUAAAUAUUGGUAUCAUCCGGAAUCCGUUGGUGUUGAUUGGUUGAAUGGACAACUUCAGUGGGGAGGACAUUGGGCUGUACCAGCUGCAGGAGCAGGAGGAACUGCUGGAAUGAGUGCUGUUCAUUUCCCGACAAUUGGAUCGUUCUUGAAUAUCCCAGAUGAUUACGAUUAG